AUGACGGAUCCAUCGACGAGCACGACAUCCGCUGCGGUGGAAGCUUCGCAAGCAGCAGCAUCUGCCAUGUCGACCGCCGCCGAUGAGCCGGAAUGCACCGACUGUUCGCCCGCGACAGCUGUAUCGGACGGCUUGGAGGCAUCGCACUCUGCAGCGGCGGCGAUGGAUACUUCGCAGCCUGCGGCGGAGAACCUCAUGGAUCCUAGCACGUUCAUCCCACCGCUAUCUGCUGUGGAAGGUUUGCCGACACCGUUGAUCGUUAUCGAAUACUGUCAGAGAUGCAAGUUCGGUCUUCGUGCAAAUUGGUUUCAACAAGAACUGCUUUCCACCUUCGCCACCACCACCACCUCGGAAGCAGAAGCAGGUGCCAGCAUCGCUGCAGUUCUCAUGAUCCCCAAAGUGGACGAUGCCAGUGCGGGAAGGUUUCGAGUGUACUUUUUGGCUCCCCAGGAGGAGCAAGGGUUGAAGUUGGUGUGGGAUCGAAAAGUACAAUCAGGUUUCCCGGAGAUGAAGGUGUUGAAGCAGAGAGUUAGGGAUCUGAUCAAUCCUUCAUUCGGGUUAGGACACAGCGACAAAAAGUGA